AUGUUCGCUCUGUUUUUGCUGGGCCUGGUCUCUCUGAUCUGCACCAAUAAUGAGCCUUCCGUACUAUGUUAUAAAUGUAAGAAAUUUCAUCUUGGGUUAUGCUAUGACAUCAUGGACUCCUGCACCCUGAAGUUCCAGCAGUCCUGUGCCAUCGAGAACAUUUACAUCCUCACAAAAAAAGGGCAGAGUAUAUACUAUUAUUCAAUACUGUCGUGUAUGACCAACUGUGAGGAUGUCAACUUCUUGGGUUUUGAGAAGAGGACAGAGCUCCUCUGUUGUGACCAUAGUAACUAUUGCAACCUCCCCGAGGGAUCCUAGCUCCGCGUCUCUCCUGGGUUUGGGGUCAUUGUUCAACUCCCCAUUCCCUUUAUUUCCUC